CCUCAACGGGAACCUCAACGCGUGUCCCACGAGCAGUUCCGGGCUGCCCUGCAGAUGGUGGUGGAUCCUGGAGACCCCAGGUCCUACCUGGACAACUUCAUCAAGAUCGGGGAAGGUUCCACGGGCGUCGUUUGCAUCGCCACGGUCAGGAGCAGCGGGAAGUUGGUGGCCGUCAAGAAGAUGGACCUGAGGAAGCAGCAGCGGCGCGAGUUGCUCUUCAACGAGGUGGUGAUCAUGAGGGACUAUCAGCACGAGAACGUGGUGCAGAUGUACAACAGUUACCUGGUGGGCGACGAGCUCUGGGUGGUCAUGGAGUUCCUGGAGGGCGGCGCCUUGACCGACAUCGUCACCCACACCAGGUGCCACCUUGACCUUGG